AGAGUUGCAGAGUUGGAACCUGACCAGAUUAUCUUGGAUGUUGAUUUCUUGAAUCUGACCUGAUUCACGAUUUCGAGACCAAAUGGGACUCCUUCUUCCCCUGUAAUUACGGAAUAUGCCCCUCAAAACUCAAUCUUUUAGAUUAAGCUCCAUCUGUUUCUCUCAAUAAAUACGAAAAAGGUAAAAUUCCCAAAACCCCUAAAAAUAAUCCCUUUCCUUUCUCAAAAGCCCCUUGCUUUGUCUCUCUUUUCUCAGUCGCCAGCGUUUUCCCGAGAAAAUUAGACAUUUUCCGGGAAAAUCAGAUCAAUUUUGUGGAAUGGGCGAGGAGGGUGCGCUGCCGGACCAUCUGCGGUGCGGCCGGACCGACGGCCGGAAAUGGCGGUGCAAGCGGAGAGUCAUGGACGACAUGAAGCUCUGCGAGAUUCACUAUCUCCAAGGCCGUCACCGUCAGUUCAGAGAGAAAGUCCCCGAGUCACUCAAGCUUCAGAGGACGCCCAAAAACGCUGGGGACAAAGAUCAAAACGGCAGCGGAAACGGCGGUGGAGUCAAAAUUAGGGCACGGAAAGUGGAGAAUUUGGUGAAGUUGCUGAAGCGGAAGCGAUCCGACGAGGCGGUGAAGAAUUGCAAGAAGAAGAAGCGGAAGGUGAAGUUGAAGAAGAGCGAGUUGAAUUUGGACCUCAUACGGAUGGUGCUGAGGAGGGAGGUCGAGAAGCGGAACCAGACGACUACGAAGAAGAAGAAUGUUGUGGAGGAGGAGAGUGAGGAUGGUGAUGAAGACGACGAUGACGGCGGCGGUGAUCUCACCAGAGACUUGCCCAAUGGCCGAAUGGCAAUCUCUUCAUCUUCCUCGCAGUCGCCGAGGCUUCGGUCCGGCAAUGCAGGUUCCAAUUCGUCUUCUGAUGGGAAGGUCGGGGCUGAUUUGCCUCCGGUUGCUACGCGGAGGAGGUGCUUUCGGUCAAAGAACAUCGAGCCAAUUCCUGCUGGCACAUUGCAGGUUCUGCCAUAUAAUGAUGUGGGGAAGUUGAGGAAAGGUAAGAGGAGAAGGUGCCAUUGGUGUCGAAAAAGAGGGAGCGGUGUUUCUUCUGCUCUAAUUAAGUGUUCGAGUUGCCAGAAGCACUUCUUUUGCUUGAAUUGCGUCAAAGAAAGGUACUUUGAUACACAAGAUGAAGUCAAAAUGGCAUGCCCAGUCUGUCGAGGAACUUGCCCCUGUAAGGAAUGCUCUGAAAAUCAAUCAAAAGAUGCGGAAAGUAAGGAUUAUUUGGGGGUUAAGAAUAAAGUUGAAGUAAUACUACAGUUCCAUUAUCUGAUUUGUAUGCUUCUUCCCGUGCUAAAACAAAUAAACCAAGAUCAGAAAGUUGAGCUAGAAGCAGAGGCAAAAAUGAGAGGGGAAGAGCUAUCUGAAGUUCAUAUCAAGCAGGCUGAAUAUAGCUGCAACGAACAACACUGCUGCAAUAAAUGCAAAGCUUCAAUAGUGGAUCUCCAUAGAAGCUGCCCAAAUUGUUCCUAUAACCUUUGUUUAAGUUGCUGUCGAGAUCUUUUAAGUGGGAGCCUUUUUGGUGGUAUAAACACAACUCUCAUAAAGCAGACUAACAAAAAGAAAACUUGUGUCUCUCGUAAGGGGCAACUUGUAAAGAAGCCAAUAACCACCCAUAAGCAAAGUUUCCGCAGUUUGUACCCUUCUUCUGCAUCAGUACCUAGCUUGAAAUCUUGUAAUGCUGUUAAUGGUAUAUCUUGCCCACCUAAGGAGCUUGGAGGUUGUGGUGACAGCCUCCUUGAUUUGAGAUGUGUUUUUCCAUUAUGUUGGAUCAAAGACCUGGAAGUAAGUGCAGAAGAAAUAGUUUGCAGCUAUGAAUUUCCAGAAACUGCUGACAUGUCUUUGUGCUGUCCACUAUGUUUGGGCGUGGACCAGAAAACUGAUGGGAAUCGACAGUUGCAAGAAGCUUCAGUGAGAGAGAACUCAAACGAUAACUACUUAUACUACCCCACGCUACUGGGCACAAAUGGUGAUAAUGUUGAGCACUUUCAGAAGCACUGGAGUAAAGGUCAUCCUGUAAUAGUCCGAGACGUACUUCAAACUACAUCAGAUUUGACUUGGGAUCCAGUGUCCAUGUUCUGCACUUAUCUUGAGAGGAGCAUUGCUAGAUAUGAAAAUAACACAAAUUCAAAUGAAGCUAUCCACUGCUUGGAUUGGUGCGAGGUGGAACUUGGAAUCAGGCAGUACUUCAUGGGUUCAUUAAGGGGGCAGGCCCAACGAAAUGUAUGGAAUGAGACACUGAAGUUGAAGGGUUGGCUUUCUUCGCAGUUGUUUCAGGAACAGUUUCCAGUUCAUUAUGCUGAAGUAAUACGAGCUCUACCACUUCAAGAAUACAUGAAUCCCACGUCUGGUCUUUUAAAUCUUGCUGCAAGGAUGCCACAAGAAAUCCCAAAACCUGAUCUAGGUCCCUGUGUUUAUAUAUCAUACGGCUGCACCGAGCAACUUGUACAAGCUAAUGCAGUGAUAAAGCUAUGUUAUGACUCAUAUGAUGUGGUUAACAUUUUGGCACAUACAUCAGAUGUCCCUAUCUCUGAUGAACAAGUUUCAAAAAUAAGAAAGUUACUGAAGAAGCACAAGGCUCAAUAUCAGAGGGAGGGUUCUAGGGUUACUUGUGAACAAUUUGUGGCAAAAAAAGACAAUGGAGAAUCAUUAUUGUUUAGUGAAACCAUGAAAGAAGCAGGGCUACAUAAUGUGAUCGGAGAGGAGAUGCAUUUACGCAAAAGAAUUGCUAGAGAGUCUUGCUUCUCCAGGCAUGAAGCAUGCACAGAUGCUGAAACAUCUGAUUCUGAUACUGAUUCUGAAGCCACACUAAGUAGCUCUGGGAGACUUCAUGAUGCUGAAACAUCUAAAGAUACAAGGUGUGAGGUUCUGGUCGACAGCUGCAAUAGCUAUGAAAAGCAAACCUUGGACAAGUCUUGUGGUGCCCAAUGGGAUGUGUUUCGCAGACAAGAUGUCCCAAAACUUAUAGAAUAUCUCAGAAGGCACUCUAAUGAAUUCACUCGUAAAUUUGACUUUCAUAAGCAUGUUGUUCAUCCCAUUCUUGAUCAGAGUUUCUUUCUGGACUCAAGUCACAAAUUAAGGCUCAAGGAGGAAUUUAAAAUUGAGCCUUGGACUUUUGAGCAACACAUAGGAGAAGCUGUUAUCAUACCUGCUGGAUGCCCAUAUCAGAUUAGGAAUUCUAAGUCUUGUGUACAUGUGGUGCUGGACUUUGUAUCACCCGAAAAUGUUGCCGAGUGCAUCCAGUUAACUGAUGAAGUCCGUCUGCUUCCAGCACCAUAAAGCAAAAGUUGACAAGCUAGAGGUGAAGAGAAUGGCCCUUAAUAGUAUUAGUUCAGCAAUCAAAGAAAUACGUGAGCUUACUUGUGCAAUGUAAGUGCCCCUGCUGAGGAAGACAUUUAUCUCCUCUGUGCUUCCAACAUUUAGCACCUGCAGAAUUUUCAGAAAAAAAAGAAAACAAAUGGAGAUUCUUCCUUGGACAUGUCAAGAUGUUGCAUGACAGUUUGGGAUUUUAAACGAUUGUCGAGUAUCCACUGCCUGUUUGUAAAUUCUGCGUUGCUGAGGCUCUAGGUCCCCAGGACUCUAUCCAUACUCAAAUAAAAGGUAAUGGUUAGAUGAUCACGGCUAUAUCUUCUAUGAACAUCUGGAAACUGCGUCAGCUGUAGAUCGUGGAGAGGCUACUUUGAUUCGUUUUGAUUCUAUUACACAGAGAGGUGUAUAUACAUUCUUCAUUUGUUGCGGUCGCGAUAAAAGAGCCAAGUGUUACUGUUCCUUCCCGGCAGAGAGAAUAAGAAAUGGAAGGAAUGGGAGCAUUGACCUUACAUCAGACGGGAAUGUUUCUCGAAACCCUGCUUCAUUACCUAGCAAGUAGCGUCUGAUUACAUGCUGGUACAAUUUCAUUUCACGACAUAUAACCAUGAUGUUUUCCGAUCCCUUAUGGACAUAGAACAUUCGAGUCUGAGUCGCCACUGAACGCAUUUCGGAUGGCACGAGAACUAGCGAGCGAAAACUAACUUUUCCAGUGUAGCUAUUGUAGCUUUUAAAGGUUAAGUCAUUAGGGUAAUGGUUUCGUCUAUUCCGUACGUUUUUCUUCACUCUAUUCCUCUUAACUUGCUAUUUUUAUUCAUUCUGUUCCGUUGUAUUGAAUAGUCCAGAGCAUGGAAGAAAUUUCGCGAUUUGAUUGAUCCUAUAUUUUGUUGAUAA